AUUGAACUUUACAAAUAUCGCGUUACAUGGUGCGUUUGGAGACUUCAGUUUAUUGGGCUGUAGUUCUACUGCAUUUAUGUACCACAUCAGAAGGUUUUAUCCCUCAAAUCACUGAUAGGAUAGAAACUGCUGUUGUUCAAGAGAAGGGUACUGCAUAUCUCAAUUGCACUGCAGUAAUAGAAGAGCAGCAAGAGUCUCAAAUCAGUUGGUAUCGUACUUCAGAUAAACAGCAGAUAUCAUCUGGAAGUACACUGAAAGAUCCUGUUCGACGUGGUCCACAUGGUGUAAGUAAAUAUGCUGUAAGAUUUCUACCUGGAAGACCGAAUUAUGCUCCUAAUAUGGCAGGCGUUGAUGUCAAUAAACUACGCACUUACCAACUGAUUGUUCGAUUUGUAGAUAUAAACGAUGCAGAUACACAAUUCAGAUGUGUAAUUGAAUUAAGAACAACACCAGUUGAACGAUGGCCUAUGGCAUAUGGUCGUAUUAUUGUUAAACGUGCACCUGAAAUUCUCCCAGGUUUAACAUCAAAAAUUGUAACAGAAGGCGAGUCCCUGACAUUAGUUUGUCGAGCUCAAGGUUCACCACCACCAUUGAUCAGUUGGACAAGGGCUAAUGGAAGACCAUUAUCAUUGCCAGGUUCACCGCAAAGAAUUUAUAAUUCGACACUAUUUAUUCCUCGCGUGGACCGUUAUGAUCGUGGUGUUUAUCGAUGCUAUGCAGUUAACAAUGUAGCCGGUUCCGCUGAAUAUGAUGUAAUGGUUGAAGUGAACUAUGCACCACAUGUUCGCGUAGCUCGAUUUAAAGGAGCUUAUGGACAGGCACCAGAUGGAAAUUAUGAUAUGACGCUAGAGUGUAUUGUAAAUGGCUAUCCUGAUCCUGAUUUAUUAUGGUAUACUGGAAUUUAUGAUCCCAUAACAAAUAAUAUACCCUUAUAUGAUAACAAUCGUUAUGAACUUGAAAAAGCUCAUAGUUACGGAGCAGCUGGUACAAAUAUAACUGAUGUCUUUUCCACUCUGCUUAUUCGUAAUGUUCGAGUCGGUGACUAUGGUAAUUAUUCUUGUCGAGCUGAAAACAAAUACGGUUCAAAUUUUGUUGUACUUAACUUAUUUUAUCAAUCGAUUUGUCAAGGUGCCUAUUGUCCGAUGCUUGGUGCUGUAGCGUUGAAUUCUAGAGUUAAUGAAGAUGGGACCUCAGUGAUUAAUUGAAUAAUUCAUACAACUUGUAGAAAUGUCAUUUUUCUAUUCUUAAUUUUGUUAAUUUUUUGUUUCUUUGGAGUAUAUUUUUAUUAUUCAUCUAAUUUGUUAAAAAUACGGACGUUGACUACACUUUUUGACACUAAUGUAAAGUGCUGAUUAAUAUGCCUCUUUUAUUUUCAUUCUUUUUGGAUAGCUUAGCUAAAUUUCAC